UAUCGCCAUCUAUCGUUUCUAAUAAGAAGUAAAGAAUUACAUUAAAUAAUGUAAUGUACGGCCUUAACGAAGAUUGAAUUAGACUUAAACUUUCAGUUAAAACCAGACGCUUCUUCGAGUGUUCCGUUUUUCUUGGUUGAGACACAUAUUGAUAUCGAUACUUGUUUAAAUGGCAGAACAUAAUAACGAUUCUGAUAAAAUUACUUUCAAAGUAAAGCAUUUGGAUCAAUAUCAUGACAUAGUCAUUGAUUUGAAUGAUGACAGAAAUGAAUACAAACAUCAACAAUUAUUUGAACAGCUGGAAUCAAUAACUGGAGUACCAAGUAGAUAUACAACUAGCUUUAUUAUACCUAGAAACAUGAACCCUUCCGACGUUAAUAAUAUCGAACGGUAUCUGAUGUGUUUUUACAACCAAAAAGCCUUCGCUCAUGAUUUACGCAUGGAAUACACGGAAUACAUGGAUGACGAUAUAUUCAGUGUAAAUAUUCGUGAUGGUGAGCGCUUUCAUCUCAAAUAUUAUGCUAGUUAUAGGUAUAGUAUUUCCAAGCGUAUAAAUAUGUGUUAUCGCCUGGCAGAAGAAAGAGACGUUCCUGAAGAAGGCUGUGGUCGAAAUGUAUGUCAAUUCCUACGCACUGAGAGUUUCUUCAAAAGGUUGAAAGAUCUCGUUAAUAAUGAUGAAUUGAAUGCAAAAAUUACUCAGCUUGUCCAACCACUAUUUGAAAUUUCAUCACCUGAAACACAUUUGGAAGCUUGGAAGAUUUUAAAAGAGUUCAAUGUUUUUCAAGUUUUAUAUCCAUCUUGUGUUUGGCAUCAUAGGUGGAGACUUGCAGAGACUGGUGAUGCACGGCAAAAUGAUCUUUAUCUAAGAACUCGAGGUUAAACCCGUAGAGUAUAUGCCCGUGGUGAAUGAACUUCCUUUAAAUUUAACUCAAUAAACUGAGUUGAGAGUUUAAAUUGACCAUUCCUCAAAAAUAUUCAUUAAAGUUUGAUA